AUGAGUAAAACAUUUAUUACCAAUCAAAUUUGUUAUGAAAUCUUCAAAAUUUCAGCUUCUUCAAAAUCUAUCCAAGGUAUAAUUUAUAAAUCAUGAAUCAUAGAGGAUAUUUUAAGUUAAAUAUUGCAAAAUUAAAUUAGUAUUUGGUUUUAUAUGAUUGGCUGCUCAAUAUCCUUAAUCCUGGACACUUUUCUAAUAGUUAUCUUCUUAUAUAAAAGUUAAUUAAGGUAAAGUCCAGGGGAUAUUUUUUUGGGUAGUUUCAUAUUUGAAAUCCUUAUGGCUAUAUAAUGGUAUAUAUCUGCAAUUUCCUCUUACGAAAAAAUACCAUUAGCAAACAAUUCAUUAGAAUGUUCAUUUACUGCAGCAUUAACAUUGAUUUCACGUAUUAAUAAUUUACUUACUUUUCAUUUAGAUUUGGGAUAAUAUUUUUAUAUAUUGGCUUUUUUCUAUUUUCUUACAAGAUAAGUAAAAACAAGUUUCAAAGCUAAAAAUAACAUUCAAUGGUUAAUACAUUUAGGAGUUAUAAUAUUAACAUUAAUAACAUGUGUUAUUGUAUUUUCUUUGAAUUUAACAGGCAAAAACGUUGAUGGAAAAUGUUCGAUAGUGACAUCAUUAUUGGCAGAGUACAUUUAAUAAUUUACAUAGUUAUGUUAUAACCUUAGGAUAUACUCUGACAAUAUUAAUUUACAUUGCAAUAGGUGGAUAUUCAAUUUAUUAUAUCAGAAAGAAUAUCCCAAACUAAUAUAAAGAAAGAGCAUAAAAAUUUCUUAAAUUUAGUAUCAUUUAUUUUUUAACUUAUCUUAUUUUAAUAUUUUCAGCAUAAUUAGUUGAAUUGUUAGCUAGUUUAAGUUGUACAUAUCAAUGGGACUUGAAAUUAAAUACCAUGUAUAGUGCAGCAGCAUUUUUUGAUAUGAUGAUACUAAUACUUUUACCCAUUAUUAGAAUUAAUGAUCCUUAUACCAAAAGAAUAUUAUUAAAAAUGUUUGGAUAUAAAAAGAAAUAAAAAUAAAUCAUUGAAGAGAAUGAACUAGAAUUAUCUAAACAUAACAGUAGUGUUGAUUAAGAUCUUAGUCUUUUAACUAGUGGUAUUUCUUAAAUAAGAUAAUCUGAAUUAAUCAUAAAUAGAGAUAGAUAAUAAACAGAUGACAAUCCUUUUGUUAACGUACUCUAAAAUAAAAAAAGAGGUUAAAUUAUGUGUAAAAUGAUUGCAGGAUUAUAAAUUGAUUAAUAUUCUAAAUAUAAUUUAUUGGAUAUUGAAAUAGUAAAUCAAAAAUCUGAUAAUAUAUAUGAGGAAAAAAAGAUUUAUAAAUUUAUUAAUGAUUAAAUAAUUACAACAAUGCCUUAUAAUUUAUGUCAAGAAUUUAUCUCUUUGGUUGAAGAUUAUCCAUAAAUCAAAGUAGUUUCAUAUACUCCUAUCAUAUUUCAUGCUAUUAUGAAUAGAGAAAAUGAUAAAUUGAAUAUUUAUGAAUCUCUCAAUAUAAAUAAUAAUUUUGAGAAAAUCACUAAUGCUAGUAAAAAUGAAGGUGGUAAAUCAGGAUAGUUUUUCUUCUAUUCUCAAGAUAAUUAAUUAAUUAUUAAGACAGUUACUUAAUAAGAAUUAAAAAUUAUUCUUUCUAUGCUCAAAAAUUAUUUUUAAUACAUUUUAUCCAAUCCUAAUACAUUAAUUGCUAAAAUUUAUGGAGUUUAUACCUUUGAAUAAGAAAAUCAAAAAAAUAUUAACAUUAUUGUAAUGAGAAAUAUUGCAAAAACUUCAAACACAUUUAGAAUUUAUGAUCUAAAAGGGUCUAGUUAUGAUCGAGAAGUAGCAAAAAAAGACACUAAUUUAUAGAAAGUUGUACUCAAAGACUUAGAUUUCUUGAAUAUUGAAAAAUAUUUAUAUAUUUCUCAAGAAGAUGCUAAUUUUAUUGAAGAAAAUGCUAUUAAAGAUUCCAAUUUUUUUAAGUCUCAAGGACUAAUUGAUUAUUCCUUAAUUGUUUUUAAGAUUCUUAAUGAAUAAAAUUAAAAUCUUAUUCUUAAAAAUUAAGCACAUAUUUUUAUGUGUGAUGAUAUUAGAUAUAGAUAUCAUAUUGGAAUCAUUGAUUAUUUGUAAGAAUAUAAUGUGUAGAAAUAAUUUGAAAAAUACACAAAAAAAAUUAUCAAACUUAAUUAAAACUUAGAUACUAGUUCACAAGAUCCUAAAAUAUAUGCUAAUAGAUUUUAAUAAUUUAUUAGAAGAAUCACUAAACUUGAAUGA